CAGGUGGCUUCCAAACACAGAUCUACAGCCGUUUGGAGGAUGUGCCCAAGGGACCUGCAAGUCAUGAUCGACACACUAGCAAUGUGACACACUAGCAACUGUUUCCGUUUGGCAUACUGUAGGCGGAAACUAAAAACUGCCCCUGCUUUAAAACUCUUGACAUGUUGAUCGUCAGCCAAUUCUCAACGCCUUGCUUCACCACAGUCACAGGAGAAGGACCUCAUGGUGGGGCUGGCAAACUUGCACGCCCCACGAAGCAGUGAAACAAUACAAAGAGAUCUUCACAGAAAAUUAGAAACGCAUUGCGACUAUUGAAGUUGCUGCGACUGUUGCGACUUUGCAGUCUUUGAGUCUUGUGUCGAUUUCCCCGAUUACAGCAAUUGCAGGCUCGCUUUGGGAUAUCACUACUUGAAGGAAAGACGUUAGAGAAGCCCCUUCAUAACACAAAAGCUGUACCCAGAGAGGGUGCAUACUUUAACAUGCUGCAGCAGACCUACUGGUUGGCUCUGCACGUGUGGCUUGUCCAUUCCAAGCAGCAUAUGAUUCAGGAGAACGAAGGUCUCUUUGGAAGCGCCAUUUGCGCCUUGAUUACGAGAAGAGUGUUUGAAUGGUCUUGGCUGAUAGUCCGGCUAUGGCUCAAGCAAGAGGACGUCCCGGCGAUGAGCAUUGGGACAGAGCUUGAGCACUUCAUGGAAUAUGUCUUUGGAUUUUGUGCUGCUCUGGACGAGGCCUUUUUGCAGGAGGCACCUGAGGGCUCUGCCAAAGCUGUCAGGGUACAGGACAAUGAGCUGAAAGAAGGUCAAGUUGGUCUUGUUCCCUGUGUCAAGGAAGUUCUUUGGACAAACGUAUUUUUCGGAGCUUGUGCACGCGACCACCAACACUUGGAAGAACUUGCGGUCUACUUGAUCCGGCAAAGAAUAGCACUUGAAGCUCUUCCGCGCACUGCCUUCUUGACUGGGAGGAUGACGUGGGCAGACUUCCCACUGAAGGGUCAGUGAUGCCAGAUUCUUCUUGUCCGACUCCUUUGCAACAUUGACUGUCAGCAGAAAAACUUUCUACUCUCUGCUUUUUCAUUGUAAACCUUUGUUUGUUUUGUUGCUUGGCAAAUUCAAUUUUCGAGUGCCCCAAGGAGUCAGGGGCCCCCAAACUGUAAAGAGACAUUUUUGGACGUUUGAUGGAACAGGACUUUGAGCAAGGAACCAAAAUUGAUGUUCCCUCAAGUUCUGAACCAAUUCUGUUAGCUGCAG